AUGACUCACAACAACCUUGACGACCACCUGACCUGGCUGCUGAACAACAUCUCCCUAUCGACACCGCGCGCGGACGACUUUCCUUACGCACCUGAACUGUACCUUGGCGCCUCGGACGUACCCGACUCAAUCCUGCCUCCCAGCCCCAACUACCAGGUUCUUAGACGGCAGGAGAAGCUACAGCCAACAGAGAAGUCACAGAACUUGCCCAGCCUCGCGGCCAAUGGCCCAGGGGAGAGGGCCGGACCGGAAACAUCAGCUCACGGCCAGACCCAGCUGUCCCCGGACGAUAUGGGCCGCCUAACUUCGACAACAAAACCUAAGAGACCGUCGCUGGUGCUUCAGCAAUCCGAAAAUACAACACCGAAAUCUUCUGCUUCUACAAUUCAUGAUGUCGACCCCGGCUCUAGCAGGAGGGAGCCGCCCUCAAGCUCGCGCAAAGACCAAGCCAAAUAUUCCUCCAGCAAGCCGAAAGCCGUUCCCCAGCAACCAAUCUCGAGAACUAGGCUAGAUAUCACGGAUCUAGAUGCCGAAGACCUUGAAUGUAUGGAUCUAACGACGGACUCGGUACACUCGGUCGCGUCAUUGGAGUUUGUUAAAGAGGUGCCGCUGCAGUCGUCCAGCGACAUGAGCACAACAUCCUCACAGCAAAGAAUCGGAAAGAAGAGGAAGAGCACUGAUAUUACUGGAGUGGAGGCGGAGUUUGAGGAUCACUUUGCAGAUGUGUAUCAAAUGCUCGGUACGGAGCCCCCAAUGUCGACGCCGGCUAUCAAGUCUUCUUCCCGAAAGCACGGCUCAACCAGUACAAAGCGCCGCCAAAAGCGCGAUGCGGAAACGGUAGCAUCAUCCUCACGGAAAAUACGACUGGAUUCGAUCAGCAGUCUUCCUGGCGACUUUUCGUCCCCAAGUCGAGCUGUUGCUGCGAAACGGCCUCAGCCCAGCGGUUCACAACUUCAGCAUGGAGCACCCGAAUCUUCCCAGCGGCGCAAUAAGACACAUAAUACUGCACGCAUCAACUCUCCAGCAAAGACCUCAGCCCCGGUGCCAGCCACCGACGGCACGAUUUUGCCCGCUGGACCGACUGAACAGUUUAUUCCGGACUCGGAUGACGAGUUUAUGACACCACCUUCUUUUAAACUCGCAAAUAUAUCCCAGGAGAGCCGAAAAUCAAGAGCUAUUCAAUCUCAAGCUAGCCAAAUAAUUGCAGAUUUACCUCAGCCACAACUUGAAACGACUGCAUCAUUCGAUGUCUCGACGGAUAGCAUAAUUAUCUUACCUCCGCCAACCGAAACACAAUCCAGCCAGGCGCCACGGAUAUUGUCCUAUUUGUCACAGAACCCUAGUCUUCUGGACAAGAAGCUGCAGCAAGUCGAUGUUCUUAUUCAGCAAAACGCACGCGAAUUUAGACAGGCGAUAGAUGCGCGAUGUACAAAGGAGAAACGUGACGAGAUCAAAGCAGAAAAAGAACGCUUGUUGCAGCAGAAAAAGUCACUUGACGCCGUUGUUAUCUCCUUUCGCUCCUACGUCGAAAUGUGCGAGAAACGUGAGGCCGUUGCCGGCCAUGUCGCCAAAGCAUACGCCGAAGGGGUAGAGACUGAUGAGGACGAAGCGAGACUUGAUGAGAUUACGGACGCAGUGGAACAGAAGGAGAAAGAGCUACUGCAAGAGCUGACUGCGGCCGGUGUUGAAGAAGCGGAUUGUCUCGACUUGGCAACGGCCGCGCAAGAAGCUUCUCAAUCUCAGAGAGUGGUACUGGGAACUCAACAUAUAGCAGGAGUGUCAGUCAAUAUGUCACGGCCCAGUUUGGACCCCCGGUCUGAAAUGGCCCAUGGAACACAAGUUGUCCACGAAACGCAAUUCGGAGGGACUCCCGGCUCCAGCUUCUUACAUCACUACCCUGCUAAUGGAAACACAAUCGCGGUUGGGGCGAGCACACCGCAGAGGAUUGAUGCUCCAUUCCCCAGGGCAUCUGCUAAUCUGCAUCAUGCUGCCAAUAAUCGACGUCCAGCAAUGACGGAAGAGGUUGAUACAUUUGCGGACGAGCUGAUGUCUGAGUUCGAGGAAGAUAUAAUGCUCCCACCUCCUCCUCGCUCUGCCCUGAAAGCCUCAAAAGGCGGGGCUUACGGGAUGCCUCAGCGUGAUCGAGACGAGUUUAGCGAAUUCAGCGAUGACGAAGAUAUGCUCGCCUUUGCACAAGACUACGAAAGCCAGAAAUCUGGCAAGGAACAGUCUCCAAGCAACCGCACGGUCUUCUCUGAAACGUCUGGAAAUGCUGCACCCGUGUCAAGAGCUCGAUCGUUGUCGCGAAAGCCACUACCCUCUUCGCAGCCAGAACUGUCUAUACCGCCGCACCUUAUGAAGUUUCCAUGGUCAGCGGAGGUACAAAAGACGUUGAAAGAUCGUUUUCGCAUGAAAGGAUUCAGGCAGAACCAGCUGGAAGCGAUCAACGCAACGCUGUCAGGCCAAGAUGCGUUUGUGCUGAUGCCCACUGGCGGCGGCAAGUCGCUCUGCUACCAGCUCCCCGCGGUUAUCAGGACAGGCAAGACACGCGGUGUCACGGUUGUCAUUUCUCCGCUGCUGAGUCUCAUGCAAGAUCAAGUGUACCACAUGAAAGCACUGGGCGUACAGGCCGUCGCAUUUAACGGUGAAUGCACCGCUGAAUAUAAAAGGGAGAUCAUGAGUGCUUUUGGGCAACGCAGCCCAGAGCACUUCAUUGAGCUGGUGUAUAUCACGCCAGAAAUGAUCUGCAAGAACAUGGCCUUCAACGCUGCGCUCCAAAAACUGUAUCAAAAUGGCAAGUUUGCUAGAUUGGUGAUUGACGAAGCACACUGUGUCAGUCAAUGGGGCCACGAUUUUCGGCCAGACUACAAAGCCCUUGGGCAGGCACGGAAAAAGUUUCCUAACGUUCCGAUUAUGGCCCUGACGGCUACAGCUACGCAAAAUGUCAUUGUUGAUAUAAGGCAUGUUCUCGGCAUGAAGACUUGUAAAGUCUUCUCGCAAAGCUUCAACAGGCCCAAUCUCUACUAUGAAGUUCGGCCAAAGGGAAACGCCGUCUCCUCGAUCGCAACCAUUGCCACUCUGAUUCACUCCCAAUAUUCUGGCCUUACCGGAAUCGUCUAUGCACUCUCUCGAAAGGGAACGGAAAGCGUCGCCGAGAAACUCAGAGAGAAAGGCAUUUCUGCCCAACACUACCAUGCUGGCAUGACAGCGCCGGAGAAGGUCAAGGUGCAAACUGACUGGCAGCAAGGCACUACCAAAGUAGUUGUCGCUACUAUUGCUUUCGGAAUGGGCAUCGACAAGCCGGAUGUACGAUUUGUCAUUCACCACGGCUUACCAAAAAGUUUGGAGGGGUACUAUCAAGAAACGGGCCGAGCUGGGAGAGACGGCAAACCGUCGGAUUGCAUUCUUCUUUACGGCAGAAGAGAUAUAGUGGUUCUCAAGAAGAUGAUUGACGAUGGUGAAGGCAACCAAGUGCAAAAGGAGAGACAACUGGCAAUGCUCAACAGAGUCACUGCGUUCUGCGACAACGAAUCAGACUGUCGCCGAACUGAAGUGUUGCGUUACUUUGGAGAAGACUUUUCAUCGACACAGUGCCAGAAGCAAUGCGACAAUUGCCAACUAGCAAGAGUGUUUGAGCAGAAGGAUUUUUCAGAGUGCGCCAGAUCGGCCAUCCGCGUGGUUCAGCUUCAGGAAAAAUUGACUGCCGCCCAGUGCGCGGACAUCCUACGUGGAAAACAAUACCCAGCACAUGCAGAACACCUUUCCGAGGAAUUCCGUGGCGACUGUCGGGAGCUUAUGAAGCACCAAAUCGUCCGCGUCAUCGACAAACUUCUAGCAGAAAAGGCCUUUAUUGAAAACAACAAAGUUGGCAAAUACGGUGUCGCGAUCCAGUAUUUAGCCAUAGGGCCUCAUGCAAAUCAGUUUCUCAAUGGCCAGCGGAAGCUGAUGCUGACAGUACAGGUGGAGGAGCCGCGCGCAAAAAAGGCUUCUACUAAGAAGGCUAAGAAGAGCAAGGCUCAAGAAACGCUCAACGUGCAGUCAACGUAUGUCUCUUCGCCGGUGGGUAAGCGUCGCGCCGCCCGCGCCCGCGUCGCUGAUAGCGACGACGAGGAAUACCCAGCAACCUCGCACGGAUAUGCCAAUGACGGCUUCGUCAUUUCGGAUGGAGAUGGAGAUGAAGAUGAGGACGACGAUGACGACGAAGAAGGCGCCUUUGCAGAAUUACCCAGCCACCGACCAGCUAAGCCAAGCAGCAAGCAAAAACAAAAGCAGCCUGCUGCAAAAGCAAAGCCAGUGAAGCCGUUUGGACCCCCUAUUCACUCCAAGACGCGUCUGGAUGAUAUUUCCGAGAUUCAUCAGGACAUUGUCACUGGCUUUGUGCAGGAGGCACGAAGAGUCGAAGAGCAUAUCCGCAACAAGAAGGAACUACGACGACCGCUCUUCAGCGAAAAGGACUUUCAAGAAAUGGCUAUCAAUUGGACUACCAGCAUUGAGCGCAUGGGCCGCAUUCCCGGCAUCGAUGGUGACAAGGUCAGAGAGCACGGCCCGAAGCUGCUUCCAAUUCUUCAUCGAUAUCACGAAGGGUAUAUGGAAUUGAUGGGCGAGGGCAACCAGGGUGGCGAGGACAUUGUAGACCUCAUCAGCUCUGACAUUGAGUUUGACGACGAUAGUGCUGCAGCAGAGCCUAGUACCGGCGAGACAUCACACUUUUUUGCACCACCACAGCGGUCUAUCCCGCCCGAAGUGGCUGCCUUCCACGCCCGCCUCGAAGAAGCAAGCCAGACAGGCCAGAGGGAUGGCCCUGCGCUGCAGAGCCAAUCCCAAACCCGGUCAUGCGGUAGAGGAGGCGGAGGCGGCAGCAGCAGCACAGGUCGCAAGUAUUUCAAACGCAAAGGAAAUGGCGGAGUGAGGAAGCGCAACGCAAGCGGUGGCGGCAGCUACGGCGGCCGCAAAGCCAGCGGUGGCUCCUCGUACGCCUCCGGCUCCGGCUUUGGAGGGGGGGGUUCCUCGCGAUCAUCUGGGGCCAAGAAGGAUGGCAAGAUUGUGAGGAAUGCCGGCGGGGGUAUCGGUCUUAUGCCUCUGUAA